AUGGCAGUGUUGGAAAAGGACACGAAAACCCUGUGGUUGGCCCUUGAAGACCGCGUCAAAAGGGUUGAUGAGCGCGUGUCAAAACUAGAACACUCAACUGAGGGGGCGGACAUAGCUGUGGCACAUGUCUCAAGUAGGAUUGACGACCUCGAACGGGAGCGGAACAGCCUUCGGGAGGAUCUUACCAAUAGCAAAGAAACGAUGGCCUCUAUCAAGUUCGAGAGGGUUCACAGAUCGCCGGGGGAACAAACUCGUGGUAAAGCUCGCUCUAUAAUUAUAAAAUUUGCAUUUUUAAAAGACAAAGAGUCGGUGCGUCGCGAGUGGAAACAGUUAACUGGUACCAACUAUAAUGUGUGGGAACAAUUUCCACCGGAAGUGGUUGCUAAACGCCGGCAGCUGCUUCCAAAGAUGAAAGAGGCCAGAUCGAAUGGGAAGCGAUCGUGGAUUUCAUACGACACUCUUUACGUCGACGGGCGACCAGUGCGUGAUUAG